CGACCACUAGAUGUCACGGCGUGGCCGUCAUGCUCCGCCAUAGCUCGUCAUUGAUAACCGGGUCCAGUCUGGCUUUCACUCCUUCCCACGUCAACGGAGUCCCGGUUAUAAUUUCGCACUCAUCUCUUCGUCUCUCUCAACUUACGGACCUUUCACCCCUCGCCGCAAGAAGGAUUGGAAAUAUCAUAAAGCCCGCGCACUCACCUAUUGCCUCAGAGCCUACCACCCGCCGUAAAAGGUUUCACACUUCGCCAGCUUUUUCGUUACCUGCUCCCCUCACGCAAUCCCCGGAUUACCCCCGCUCACCAUGUCAGACUCCCCUGCAAAGAUUAUUUCCAAGCUUCCAGGACGCUUCACAAAAGCGAACGAGGAGGGAGACUUGUUAUUUUUCCCGUCUACGAUCCACAAGCACCAAGAGUUCGGUGUAGAGUGGGAGAUUCGUCUCUGCCCUGCCCUCCAGAACAAGCCACACUUGCCCACGCCGCACUUCGAUGCUUCCACAGAUGAGCGCAGGGCUGAAUUGAGCCUUAAUGGCAAGAAAUUCGACCCAUUCACGCCCCCGUAUGUCCCCAAUCUGCAUCUUGGAGAUCUCAAAGAUGAGGUAGACGGUGAUGAAUACGUUGUUCUGUUCAACAAGUUCUCUGUCGUUCCACAUCAUAUUCUCCUAGUUACGAAAGAGUUUCAUUCGCAGACGUCUCCACUUAUGCCCGCAGAUCUCGUACAAGCUUACCAGCUUCUGGUAGAGGGUCAUAGAGUCGGAAAGAGAUUCUUCGCGUUCUACAACUGUGGCGACCUAAGUGGUGCUAGUCAACCGCACAAGCACCUCCAGGUGGUCCCGGUUGAUGACAAUGGUCCGCCGGUUGAGAAGCUUGCUCGCGCGACUAACAUCGAGGUACUAGAACGACCCUUCUCAUUAGAGUCCCUUCCGUACGCAAAUCACGUCCGCCGCUUCUCUGCGAACCUGCCCAACGCUUCGCGCGACGAGAUGGAAGCCACCCUGCAGCGGGCGUUUAUGGAGCUGCUUGAUCUUGCGCUGUCGACUUUCCGCAGAGACCCGCCAGCAACUCCAAACGGCUCAGCGAGCAAGAGCGUCCUUUCGUACAACGUCAUCCUCACCUUAGAACACAUGCACUUCAUUCCGCGCAAGGCAGAGAUUUAUACCCUUCACGAGACCGGCGAUGCACUUAGCAUCAAUUCCAUGGGCUUCGCAGGCUGCUUGCUUGUGAAGAGUGAGACCGAGUUCCAGGCGGUUGUGAAGGAGGGUGUGGGAAAGAUUCUUGGUGGCAUCGCAUGCAAGAGCUUCCACGAGCAGCAAGCUGAGGAGGGUACAUGUUCGUUGACCUAGAUUGGGGAGCCCCAUAGUCUCCACAAGAGAAUGUACCAUACUAGUGAUUUAUAGUAGAUGGCCGCAGUAGGAUAUCUAUCACCCUCUUCAAGUUGUCGUAUAAGGACCGGUCUGAACUCACGCGCUUGG